GCUUCUCUGUUUUUUUCCCCCCUUAUUUUUCUCUUUUGACGUUUGAAGUAGUAUAAAAACUGUGCUUUUACCCUCUGUUACUGCUUCGUUUGUUUUAAGGGCGGGAGAGGAAAUUGUUUUGCCUUACUUGAUUUGAUUGACACUCCUUGGCAAGUUGCGAUCUCUCUUGAUCUUUGCUUCAAACAGUAUUAGCAGGUCUUAGAAAUUUUGUGAAAAAGGAAGAAUGGGCUAUAUAGGGGCACAUGGAGUAGCAGCUUUGCAUAGAUACAAAUACAGUGGUGUGGAUCACUCUUACCUUGCUAAAUAUGUAUUGCAACCCUUUUGGAGCCGCUUUGUCAACUUCUUUCCUCUUUGGAUGCCACCAAACAUGAUAACACUUACAGGGUUUAUGUUCUUGGUUACAUCUGCACUGCUUGGCUAUAUUUAUUCCCCUCACUUGGACUCACCCCCACCAAGAUGGGUUCAUUUUGCACAUGGGUUACUUCUAUUUUUAUAUCAGACUUUUGAUGCUGUUGACGGGAAGCAAGCCAGAAGGACAAACUCCUCUAGUCCACUUGGAGAGCUUUUUGACCAUGGGUGUGAUGCGCUUGCAUGUGCGUUUGAAACCAUGGCUUUUGGGAGCACUGCCAUGUGUGGAAGGGACAGUUUCUGGUUCUGGGUAAUUUCAGCUGUUCCAUUUUAUGGAGCUACAUGGGAACAUUAUUUCACCAACACGCUUAUCCUUCCUGUAAUUAAUGGGCCUACUGAGGGUCUUGCACUGAUAUAUACAUGCCACUUUAUGACAGCAAUUGUUGGUGCCCAAUGGUGGGCUCAGCAAUUCGGGAAGUCCAUGCCCUUGUUCAGUUGGGUACCUUUUGUUAAUGAAAUUCCAACAUACAAAGGUGUGCUGUAUUUGAUGAUAGCAUUUGGUGUUAUACCUACAGUCGCUUUCAAUAUAAGCAAUGUCCAUAAGGUUGUUCAGGCAAGAAAAGGAAGCAUGUUACUGGCAUUAGCCAUGCUUUACCCCUUUGCUGUACUCAUGGGAGGAGUGCUGGUUUGGGAUUAUUUGUCUCCCUCCGAUAUUAUGGGAAAUUACCCGCAUUUAAUUAUACUGGGAACUGGACUUGCUUUUGGGUUCCUUGUGGGACGAAUGAUUUUGGCUCACUUGUGUGAUGAACCCAAGGGAUUGAAAACUAACAUGUGCAUGUCACUCUUGUAUCUUCCAUUGGCAAUUGCAAAUGCUCUUACAGCUAGACUGAAUGAUGGUGUUCCUUUAGUUGAUGAGGUCUGGGUUCUUCUUGGUUACUGUGUAUUCACAGCAUCGCUCUACUUGCACUUUGCCACAUCAGUUAUUCAUGAAAUUACGACAGCUUUGGGUAUUUAUUGCUUCAGGAUAACUAGGAAAGAGGCUUGAACAUUAGUGAUGGUUAUCUGGGUGCAUACAGGUUUCCUGGAUGGAAAUUGGUUUACAACUUUUGCUCCACCAGAAGGUUGGUAGCACUGCUGUAGGGAUUCAGUAUUUGGCAAAAUUCUUUUUGAUCCGAAUCUAGUCCUAGUGCCAAAAACAUUGCGGGGCUCAUCGACAUUGUUAUAAAUGUUCUGUUGAGUUUGAGAAUAGAGCAGGAAAAUUUAGUUAUGUAAACUCUUUUAUCUAUGACUUAAAUGUAUGAAUCAAUUAUUUUCUGGUGGAUAUUUACAAUAAAAGUUUUUGAAGCA